GAAAAAGGGCGAGCUCGAGCACCACCGCUGAGCUUCCAAGAAAAGGAUGAACAAAUUUUUUUUUGGGCAAUCGAUGCUAAGCCACUCGUUUUCCAGCCGCUCCGGCUUGGGAAAGUCGAGUUCUUUUCUGACAUCAUUUGCUGAAUGUCGGCGAUUCAAUCGGGGACAUCCUCAUUCGAGAUGGCGGAAUGGCUUUUGGAGGUGGGCCUACCUGGAGCUUUCCUUGAACGCUGACUGCACCUCUUGUUUCCAUUAAACCUCAACACUACACCAUGGAUGAGCAAUAUGAAAGCGCGCUUGACUUGAUGCGCCGACUGCCGCCUCAGAAUAUUGAAGAGAAUAUGGGCAAGCUCAUGGAUUUGGUGCAUCCAGACUUGGUGGAAGAAUUACUGUCGGCUAUUGACCAACCCCUCAAAGUGCGUCGUUGCGAAAAGACUGGCAGGGACUAUCUUAUCUGUGAUUAUAACAGAGACGGCGAUUCAUAUCGUUCGCCAUGGAGCAACGAGUAUGAUCCCGAGUUGCCAGACGGCACAUUACCUUCGCCGAGUCUCCGCAAACUGGAAGUCGCCGCGAACGACGCUUUCGAUACCUACCGUGAGCUUUACUAUGCAGGCGGCGUUUCAUCCGUAUACACAUUCGACAUUGACGAUAAAUUUGCCGUCGUUGUCUUGAUCAAAAAAGUGGGCGACGGUGUGCGUCGCAUGAAAGGCGCUUGGGAUUCCAUCCACGUAUUCGAAGUCCAGGAACGCGGACGUAAUGCACAUUACAAACUGACAUCGACCGUCAUGUUAUAUAUGAUUACCAACAACGACGAUCUUGGCAAUAUGAACUUGAGCGGCAGUAUGACACGACAAUCUGAGCAAGAUUAUCCUGUAGACGACCCCUCUGCCCACGUGGCCAAUAUCGGACGUAUGGUGGAAGACAUGGAAAGCAAAAUGCGCAACUCCUUGCGGGAAGUGUAUUUCGGAAAGACAAAGGACAUUGUCAAUGAUUUACGUAGUUUAAGUUCGAUUGCUGAAAGUAAGCGACAAGCCAAGAUCCAGCAAGAACUUGUAGGUCGAUUGAUGGAACGAAGCACUUGAUGAUGAUGAUAAAAGAAAAGACAAAACCAAAACCGUCAUCCAUAUAUAUCAUAUAUAUUGUACAUCUGUUGACCCUCUAUUUCGGGUGACAAAACUUUCUCUGUUACUGGCAUCCUGAGAGAAAUGAUUAUGAAAAAUGGGAUGAUGUUAGAAUCAAACAAAUGACUAUGCUUGCAAAACAAUGCAUGCAACAAGGAUGGUCGAUGAAAAAACCAGAUCAUACAGGGAAAUAAAUACUUCUUUAUCCGAAAAACUGAAUCCCUCCUCCAAAAAAAAGUUAAAAAGAAUAAACCUUUUUUGAUAUCGUCAAAGCCCCACAGCAAAAAGGGGUUUUCUUGGAUGCUUAUUAGACCGCGUUCCCGUUCCGUGGGCGGGAAUUCAAAUCCAAGCAGGGCU